AGAUUCUUUUGUCACCUGCAGAAAAGUUAGGCUGGGAUCCCAAGAAUGGUGAGAGCCACCUGGAUGUAAUGCUGAGACCACUUCUCUUGUUUGCACUUGUCCAACUUGGACAUGGCUGCAUACCUUGCUGUGAUGCAGAAUGUUAGUAGCUCAAACAGAUCAGGCUAUAAUGCUCUUCGAAAAGUCUACAGGGAGUCAGCUGAGGGGGAAGAAAGGUUACAUGUCUUAGGCAUAUUGUCUUCUUGCCGAGAUAAGGGUAUCGUCCUUGAGUCGCUGAACUUGAUUUUCACGAAUGAGGUCCGCAAUCAGGAUGCAUAUAUUGCCAUUAGUGGUGUUCAAAUAGAGGCACGUGAAAUUGCAUGGAACUGGUUGAAGGAAAACUGGGAGCGUAUCUCGAAAACAUUUUCGGCGAGCUCACUAGUCGGAGUUUUUGUUAAAGCCAUUGUCCCAUUGUUUUCCUCCAAUGAAAAGGCAGAAGAGAUUUCCAAGUUCUUUGCGACCCGGACAACACCUGGAUUUGAGAGGACGCUGAAGGAGAGCCUUGAAAUUGUGCGGAUCAAAGCGAGAUGGGUUGAGGGCAUCAAGAGUGAGCCUGGGCUUGCACAAACGGUGCAUGAGCUGCUGGGAAAGCCCUGAUGUGCUUCUGCUAGAGUGUUAUAUUUCUUCAUGGGAAAAACUUGGAAGCUGCUUGUUGUAGUUGUUACUGUUGAGAUUGGCAAUAAGAAUGCAUUCCUUAUAGUUAGGGAAGUGGAUGUACAACUCAGGUUCAAGUUCCCCGCAGAUUUGGGUUCUUAUUGUUUAAAAAAAAAUCACUAUAGGGGCAUUCCCUACUGUAUUCCUUUCAAAAAAAAAAAAGAGAAAGAAUGCAUUCCUUAUCAUCUUACGAAAAUGUUGCUUGCCAUAUCCUUUAGUUAUAGUAGUGGUGAGUCAUCGGGAGCCAGGUUUUUUUCUAAACAUUGU